AUGACUAGUGACUAUAGUAGACACGCGCCAUUCUCCUACUACUACACGCACGACCCGGUAGUACCCCCGUGUGGUAAUGUAAACGUCAAAAUGGAGCAGCUAGAAGUGCCAUCCACCAUGCCCGAAUCGAGCUACCUUGGGACGAACUACACCUACACCUCCAGCACAUCCUCGGCCACCACGAACAGCGCACCACAAUCGGCCGCCCCGAACGUGGUGGUACUUCCCGGGUUCAUGGACAACUAUCCGGACAGCUGGAUGACACCGAGCCCGUCCAGCUUUGGGUCGGAAAGCCCCGAUUACUACUCGCUCGCCAAUUCGCCCCAGCGCAGCUUCGUCGAUGUGGAGGAGUACAAGGAAAACCUACUGGCCAUGCAGCACGCCUCACAGCUGCCCCAUCUGACCACCGGAACACUUCCGCUCUCGCCACCACUUGCCACCGUACAGGUACAACCGGUCAGCCAUACAUCGUCAACCGCUCCCAGCACUAAUCUACCGGUAAAGAAACGUCAGUACAAUCGGAAACCGAAAGCCAAACAGGAACCUGCGCAAGGUGCCGAAACGGAUGCUACCUCCCGGGCCGAUCUGUCCUGUCUUACGUUGCAGAAAACGUGCCCCAAAUCGACCGACCCACUUGGUACGAUUGGUUCCACCAACACAACCACCACUAGCGCCGCCAACAUUGUCGCCGUGAUCGGUAAGCGAAAGCGCAAACAGGUACCACCGCAGAUCAAGAAGAAGCGCCGCCUGGCGGCAAAUGCGCGCGAACGGAAGCGGAUGCAGAACCUGAACGAUGCCUUCGAUCGACUCCGCCAGUAUCUACCGUCGCUCGGCAACGAUCGGCAGCUGUCCAAGCAUGAAACGCUCCAGAUGGCACAAACCUACAUAACGGCGCUCUGUGAUCUGUUGCAGUGA